AGAGAAUGAGAAAGAGCGGAAAAGAGUGAGACCCCACUUCACCACGACACAGCCCUUGCCUUUAAGCUUUAGUAACUCCUAUGAACGACGAAUUACUCGAAUCUACUCCACCUUCAUUCUUCUUCACCGCCACAUAAUCUCUCUACCCCCUCUUUCCAUUUUUUUUUUUAUUAUUAUUCAUUUUUCAUUUAUUUAUCAUCACAAUUUUAUCACACAUAUAUAUAAACCUAUCCUCUACCCUCUCUUCGUCUUUUUCAUCACCACUACCAUUUUCUCUCUGUCACACACUCUCACACCAGAUUCUUCUCUCUCUUACAUGACUGUUAUUCACCAACGCCACCCCAAGCGAUGAUGGUCAACAACGAUGACUGGUCCAGAGCGGCCAUGAAAGACGACUCGAUUCUCGUCGAGUUUCUCAUACAGCUAAAACACGGCGUGACGACUAAAUCUCAACCACUGCCGUUCACUUGGGGGAACAAACAACCACGCUCAAGAUCGAGGAUAACCGCCUCCGUCUCUCGCUGCGACCGCGCUUUCUCAACCAGAUGCAGUCCGACAACGCCGCUCUCUUGGAGUGGUGGUGCUUCUCCGUCUGUAACGGCUGAUGGUUACGAAGAUUCCAGCCGCUAUCCAAACCACCACGCCGUCAGAUCCAAGGCUACAGCAACAAGUGGAUACACAAGCAAUUCCGCUUCUAACAAAAGGUGCAGAAAGAAAAAGUCUUUUGCAGAAUUGAAGGAAGAAGAGAGCUCCUUGAUGAGGGAAAAGAUCUAUUUAGAAAGGGAGAUUGCCACUAAAAAUGCAAAUUUUGAGGUAAUGAGAACUACGAAUGAGAGUUUGAAGAGGAUGAAGCUUGGUUUCGGAUCAAAAUCUCAUAGCAAGCCAAGUUCAACUUCUGUUGAACUACGGGGUACAGUUGCUGGUCAACCCCACCAGAGAAUAGUAUCUUCUGAGGUCCAUAACACUCAAGACAAUACUCGUCCACAAGCAUCAGAAUCUAGACCAAAUAGAAUUGAGUCAACCGGGGAAAGUUUUUUCAUGAUACCAGAUCUAAAUAUGAUGCCAUCUGAUGAUGGUAUGAGUUGAGCGAAAGACUCUUGGAACAAUAUUGGGCCACGGGAAAUUGGUGAGACGACUAUGAACAAUGUACAGGCUUAUUUUUCAGGCCAAUAAUUUGAAGACUCCGUCUGAUAGAAAUUGUGGAUGAGAAAAAUUUCUUGAUGCAAUGCAUCUACCAAAUCUUGUGACGGGAAACAAGUGGCAGCAUAAAAGGAGAAAAUUUUCAUGGUUAGUUCUAGCCGCAAAAGGUUGUAGAGUAGUGAUGAUAUACUAGAGUCACAGGUUCUUGGGAUUCAUGUAUGAUAAGUACCAAUGUACCAUUCUUUGGUUGGUUAAUUCUCUUGGAUUGCUUUAUAA